AUGUUCUGCUACUCGAGACAUAUCCUCACAAGCCUGGAUGCAGCGUGGACCAUCCUCAUCAGUUGGCAUGAUGACAUCGUUCUUUGGUCUCGCAGCUGUAGCACCCCCAUUUUCUACGACUUCCUUUUACACAACAUCCAAACUACACACCAAGCAGCAGCCUCCGACCGUGUGUUUACAAAUUCCUUCACCCUGUCACCAAGUCCUCAUAUUUUUUGCAUCCCACAACUUUGGAACACCUCACCAUUCGACUUCAGCAGAAGCACCACCUACAUCACAGGCAUUCAUAUUAUCAUAGCCAUCUGUGCAAUUGCUUCUGUCGAGUUAGGCAUUGCUGCGACUCAAUGGAUCGCUUUCAUGUGGAACAUCCGCAGAGGCAGAGUGAGCGAGAAGGAUCUUGAACCCGUGCCAGCACAUUCUGCUCCUCACUUUGAACUAAGCACCCACCAUGUGUCCCUAUUGAAGUCUUUGGUUGGGGAGGUGGCUGAUUUGAAGGUUCAACUGGAGUCCAACUCACGACAACUGGAAGUUGUGCUCACGUUCAUUCGAGAUGCCGAAAGAAUGGUAAUACGUUUCCGGACUCUGGGAGUGGAAUUGGCUCAGAUCGACCGGAGAAGUCUCAACGCAGAAAUAGUCACUUCAGUCCGGGAGAGAGUCUUUCGACAAGUUAGAGCCUAUACACAACAGUGUGCUGCAUUCAUUCAACAGUGCAAAGCCCUUAUACUUGCUCGACAGUACAGAUCCUCUGCCCAUGACGUUCUCAUCAAGAUGCAUAAUGUGGCUGAUACCCGCGAGAACUCUGGAGAUAUGGAGAGCACGACCGGAACAAUGGAUGCCGAGUAUGACAAGCUCAUGCAAGAACUACUCACAUUCGAACAUCUUGGCUCCGUGGCAGAAAAUUUAAGAGUUGAGAGACAACGCCUUCAUGCGGCCUGCGUUUUCAUGAGUGAAAGUUUUCAAAUGCUUCCCACCAGUAAGGACGAAAACACUCUAAAUGAAUCCGGCCAAUAG